AUGCCUCCGAAAUCCAAGAAAACAGGCGGCAAAGAUUCCAAGUCCAACGACACUGCCGAGCGCGAAGAGCCGCUCCAAGCCGUUGUUUUCGCGGACUCAUUCGAGACGAGAUUUUUACCUUUUACACUCGAGACGCCACGAUGUCUGUUACCAUUGGCGGGCACGCCGUUGAUUGAGUACACACUCGAAUUUCUGGGCGGGCAGGGCGUGGAGGAAGUGUAUCUGUAUUGUGGAAAUGGGACGGAGAGGGUGGAGGCGUAUUUGAAGGAUUCGAAGUGGAUGCAGGCAACUUCACCCUUCUCAUUAGACAUAAUCCGCUCCAACUCCCGCUCCGUCGGCGACUGCAUGCGCGACUUGCACGCGAAGGAAUUGAUCGUGGGAGACUUCAUCUGCGUCUACGGCGAUGUGGUAGCCAACAUCUCCCUCGAGUCCGCCAUGUCCGCGCACAAAGCCCGCGUCGCAAAGGACAAGAAAUGCAUCAUGACGAUGGUGCUGCGAGAAGCGGGCGAGGCGCACCGCACGAAACCCGCCCAUCUCCGACCGACAUUUGUCAUUGACCCGGUGAAGUUGCGAUGCGUGCACUACGAGCAAGUCCGGCCGGGAGAGACGCGCGCGCUGGAAAUAGCGCCGGAAGCGCUGAAGGAGCAUGUAGAAUUGGACGUGCGGGAGGAUCUGAUUGACUGCGGCAUCGACAUUUGCACCACCGAGGUGCUGGCGCAGUAUACCGACAAUUUCGACUGGCAGCUUCCACGCCGAGGGUUUCUGAACGGCGUGUUGAAGGACUAUGAGACGUUCCAGUUGACGGCGCAUGUGCACGUGGCGGAAGAAGGGUAUGCGGCACGGGUGAAGAAUUUGCAGGCGUAUGAUGCGAUUUCGAAGGAUGUUGUUUCGAGGUGGACGUAUCCGUUGACGCCGGAUACGAAUCUUGUGGGUGGGCAGACGUUUCGGUUGGAGAAGGGGAAUGUGUAUCGCGAGGAUGGGGUGGUGUUGGCGAGGAGUAGUGUGGUGGGGAGGAAGUGUGUUUUGGGGGAGGGGACGAGUGUGGGUGAGGGGUCGGCGGUGGCCAAUAGUGUUGUCGGGAGGAGGUGUGUGAUUGGGCAGAGGGUGAAGAUUGAGGGAGCGUAUAUCUGGGACGAUACACGGAUUGAGGAUGAUUCUGUGGUGGAAGCGGCGAUCGUUGGGGAGAAGGUCAGGAUUGGCCAGGGCUGUCGCAUCGAGAAGGGCGCUCUGCUCUCCAAUGGCGUGGUCCUGGCAGCUGGCACUGUCGUCCCCGGAAACCGCCGGAUAUCCACCCUUAAACGCAAACGCGGCUACGAACAAGACGAAGUCAUCCAAGCGGACUCAGACCCCAAAGUCGUCGGCCAAGGCGGCACAGGCUACCACAUGUCCCUCGACGAGGAAGAAGAAGACCCCUCCGAUGCCCUCCUCUGUCCAGUCCACGACCUCUCCCUUGACGACGAAUCCAUCUCCACCCUCGACUCCGGCUCGGAAGACGACGACGACGACCACAUCCCCCUCUCCAACCGCCGCAUGUCCGGCCGCAGCGACAGUUUCGCCUCCAUCGACUCGGAAGAGUCCUCCGGCGCACGCCAGCAAGCUUCCGAUUUCCACCACGAAGCCGUCGCCGCGCUGAACGACGACCUCUCAAAAUUCACCGACCCAGACACGAUCCAGCUGGAAUUCAACUCCCUCCGCAUGAUGAUGAACGCAGAGGACAAACAACUUCGCCGCGCCGUCGCCGCCGCAUUCGGGAAACGUAUCGCGUCCAUCAUCGAGUCUGACUCCAAGUCCCCCAAAGACGCGGUCGCGAUGCUGAUUCCGAAGUAUAAGAAUCUCAUCGAGGGGUGUGUGAAGACGGAAGAGGAACAAGCGGAGUUUUUGCUUUUCUUGCAGACGGAUUUGACGCAGAGAGUGCAAGGGGAGAAGAUUUUGUUGUUUAUGGCAAAUGCGCUGGCGACGGAGGAUUUGGUGGAGGCGGAGGGGUUUGAGAUUUGGUGGGCGGAUGGGAGGAGUUCGGCGACGGAGAGGAUGGUGGAGGUUAGGAGGGAGACGAGGCAGUUGGUUGAGGUGCUUUGUGGGGAUAGUGAGGAGGAGGGAAGUAGUGAGGAGGAGGAGGAGGAGGAGGAGGAUGAUGAGUAGAGCGGGCUCAGCAACAAGACGACCAUGUCGUUGGAGUAGAAAUGAUCCCGCCGCCCGAAUUAUUGGCAAUUGAGCAAGGCAUAGGAG